GAUUGUGACGCGCCGCCGGAGGCAGGCCGGGCCCUCAAGAUGGCGGCGGGCGCCCAGAGUGGCUCGGCCCGGCAGUAGUGGUGGGACGGCACUAGCCGCUGGGGCCUGCCGCCCCGGGAGUGGCUGCAGCAGCGCCAGGAAUCGAGGAUGGUAAAAUGACCCAGGGGAAGAAGAAGAAACGGGCCGCGAACCGCAGUAUCAUGCUGGCCAAGAAGAUCAUCAUUAAGGACGGAGGCACGCCUCAAGGAAUAGGUUCUCCUAGUGUUUAUCAUGCGGUUAUCGUCAUCUUUUUGGAGUUUUUUGCUUGGGGACUAUUGACAGCACCCACCUUGGUGGUAUUACAUGAAACCUUUCCUAAACAUACAUUUCUGAUGAAUGGCUUAAUUCAAGGAGUAAAGGGUUUGUUGUCAUUCCUUAGUGCCCCGCUUAUUGGUGCUCUUUCUGAUGUUUGGGGCCGAAAAUCCUUCUUGCUGCUAACAGUGUUUUUCACAUGUGCCCCAAUUCCUUUAAUGAAGAUCAGCCCAUGGUGGUACUUUGCUGUUAUCUCUGUUUCUGGGGUUUUUGCAGUGACUUUUUCUGUGGUAUUUGCAUACGUAGCAGAUAUAACCCAAGAGCAUGAAAGAAGUAUGGCUUAUGGACUGGUUUCAGCAACAUUUGCUGCAAGUUUAGUCACCAGUCCUGCAAUUGGAGCUUAUCUUGGCCGAGUAUAUGGGGACAGCUUGGUGGUGGUCUUAGCUACAGCAAUAGCUUUGCUAGAUAUUUGUUUUAUCCUUGUUGCUGUGCCAGAGUCGUUGCCUGAGAAAAUGCGGCCGGCAUCCUGGGGAGCACCCAUUUCCUGGGAACAAGCUGACCCUUUCGCGUCCUUAAAAAAAGUCGGCCAAGAUUCCAUAGUGCUGCUGAUCUGCAUUACGGUGUUUCUCUCCUACCUACCGGAGGCAGGCCAAUAUUCCAGCUUUUUUUUAUACCUCAGACAGAUAAUGAAGUUUUCACCAGAAAGUGUUGCAGCGUUUAUAGCAGUCCUUGGCAUUCUUUCCAUUAUUGCACAGACCAUAGUCUUGAGUUUACUUAUGAGGUCAAUUGGAAAUAAGAACACCAUUUUAUUGGGUCUAGGAUUUCAAAUAUUACAGUUGGCAUGGUAUGGCUUUGGUUCAGAACCUUGGAUGAUGUGGGCUGCUGGGGCAGUAGCAGCCAUGUCUAGCAUCACCUUUCCUGCUGUCAGUGCACUUGUUUCACGAACUGCUGAUGCUGAUCAACAGGGUGUCGUUCAAGGAAUGAUAACAGGAAUUCGAGGAUUAUGCAAUGGUCUGGGACCGGCCCUCUAUGGAUUCAUUUUCUACAUAUUCCAUGUAGAACUUAAAGAACUGCCAAUAACAGGAACAGACUUGGGAACAAACACAAGCCCUCAGCACCACUUUGAACAGAAUUCCAUCAUCCCUGGCCCUCCCUUCCUAUUUGGAGCCUGUUCAGUACUGCUGGCUCUGCUUGUUGCCUUGUUUAUUCCGGAACAUACCAAUUUAAGCUUAAGGUCCAGCAGUUGGAGAAAGCACUGUGGCAGUCACAGCCAUCCUCAUAGUACACAAGCGCCAGGAGAGGCCAAAGAACCUUUACUCCAGGACACAAAUGUGUGACGACCGAAAUCAGGAAGAUUUUUCUAUCAGCACCCAGGUCUUAGUUUUCACCUCUAGUUCUGGAUGUACAUUCCAUUUCCAUCCACAGUGUACUUUAAGAUUGUCUUAAGAAAUGUAUCUGCAUGAACUCCAUGGGAACUAAAGGAAGUGGGAACUUAAAGAACCGGACAGUUUUCCAAAGAUGUUACAAUUUCUUUUGAAAAACCUUUUGUUUAUUAGCACCAAUUUCUUGCCACUAAGCUAUUUGUUUUAUUAUACAUCCUUUAAUUAAAAACUAUAUAUGUAACUUCUUAGAUAUUAGCAAAUGUCUCUGCUACCAUUUCCUUAAGGUGUUGAGCUUUAACUCUAUGCUGACUCAGUGAGACAGAGUAGGUAGUAUGGUUGUGGACCUAGUUGUUUUAACAUUGUAAAAUUUUGAGUCAGAUUUUAAUAUUGUAAAAUCUUGGGUCAAAUAAUUCAAAGCCUUAAUGCAGAUGCACUAAAACAAAGGAAUGGUAAAUGAAUUGUUUGCAUUUAAAAAAAAAACUCUUAAGAAAACUGUACUAAAUCUGAAUCAUGUUUCGAGCUUCUUUGCAGUACUUUUAAACAUUAUUCAUACUGUUUUUGAACUGAGAAAGUAUCAGCCAUUUAGAAUUUAAAUUGGGGUAUUUAGAGCCUGUAACCUAAAUGCUGGCUCAAAUACAUUCCCCAGCUACUUCUUAUACCACUAUUCUUUUAAUGUUUGCAUAAUCAUAAGCACCUCAACACUUGAAUACAUAAUCUAAAAAUUAUAUAGUAAAGCUGGUAGCCUUGAAAACGUCAAUGUGAUAUCUAUAUGUAGAUAAAUAUAUAUAGUGGCCUUUCAGGACUGUCACAGUAACACUUUAUUUACAGAGCUAAUGUUUGUCCUAAAUUUUCAGGACCCUAGAGGAGAGCUUUAUACAAUUACUGAUGUGAAUUUCUCUAAAGUGUAUAUUUUUGUGUCCAGUUAUAUUAUUUAAAAAAGUGUUACUUUGUAAAAAUUGUAUAUAAAGUACUGUAUAGUUUACACUGUUUUCAUCUUGUGUGUGGUUAUUGCUUAAUGCUUUUUAAACUUGGAACACUCACUAUGGUUAAAUAAGGUCUUAAAAGAAAUGUAAAUAUUCUGUUAAUAAAGUUAAAUAUUUUAAUGAUUUUUUUUUUAAAAAA